GCGUGACAUGGCCGAAACCCGGCGGGAAUAGCGACAUGAGCGCUGCGUCGUUUUUAUUAGUAAUUUUGUUUCGUAUGCUUCGUAAACCUCGCAUGUUUGUUCUAUUAUGGAUUCGAUGAAAUAAAACUGUUCGAUCGUAGGUGUUUCGUGCGCAUUAUUUAUUUGUAGCAUCGUUUGUUAGAUUGGUCAACAGUGUGAACUAGCCUUGUGAAAAACGACGAUAUUUUAGCGGCACGGUCCGCCAUUAUUGGCGUUCAGGGCAGCGUUCACCGAAGGUUUCUCUUGUUUACAGUGCGAAAACUACUCCUACAACUUAAACGUUCACAAAAUCUGCGAUGGCACGCAGUCGUAAAGACAGCACGGGCAAAAGCGACUCCGAGGCCACCGACAAAGAGAACAAGAGGGAAAGAGGUCGAGAAAGGGAAAGAAAGAAACGUGCUGCCUCUUCAACCAGUAGCGGCAGUAGUUCCUCCGACAGCAGUUCUGGAUCAUCGUCCACGAGUAGUGGAAGUAGUUCCAGAUCGAGCUCUACAUCUAGUAGCUCCUCUAGUAGCUCUGGAAGUUCCUCUGGGAGCUCCAGGGAUAGAGGAAGGAAACGAAGUCGAAGCAAAAGUGUAGAUGCUUCGCGGAGACAUGACAAUAAGGAGAAGGAAAGGGAGAAAGAAAGGGAACGAGAGAGGGAUAGAGAUAGGGACAGGGACAGGGAAAAGGACAAAAAGAAGAGUAGUAAUUCUGUAGUCGACAAACCAAAACCCAAGGGACGAUCUAGAUCACCUUCACCACGUAGAAAACGCAGAGAAAGGUCACCCAUUCCCAGACCAACAAAAAUACAUAUUGGACAUUUGACUCGUAAUGUCACUAAGGAACAUAUUAUGGAAAUCUUUUCAACAUAUGGUCAGAUUAAAAUGGUCGAUUUUGCUAUGGAUAAGCUUCAUCCUAAUCAAGGACGAGGCUUUGCCUAUGUAGAGUUUGAAACAGCAGAUGAAGCAGAGAAUGCAAUGAAACACAUGGAUGGUGGACAAAUAGAUGGUCAAGAAAUCACUGCAGCUCCAGUAUUAUUACCAAAGCCACGACCGUUGCCGAUGCGGAGGAUGUCACCUUUGAUGGGAAGAAGAGCGCCACCUAGAUGGGGUGGCGGCGGAAGAAACACACCUCCGCGUUAUCGUAGACGUUCACCACCGAUGAAUCGUCGCAGAAGCCCACGUCCACCUAGACGCAGACCACGAACACGAUCUCGAAGUCCACCGAACAAUCCACGGCACCGACAUCGUCGCUAUACGAGGUCCAGCUCUAGCAGCUCUCGAUAGCAACCUUUGUACAUAUAAAGCAAGAACUGAAUUUGACCAAACGCGGUUCAACUCUGCCUGGUCGUCUUAAUAUAUUAAGCAAAACAAUUUUUACUGAUUCAUUGGAACCAUAAAUGGCUGAAAAAAGUGUACGCACUUGAAACGAUAGACCUGUCCGCGACUAGUGUUCACGGCGAUUUACGUUUCCCAAAUGACAAAACACUAUUCGUGACUCACAAGUAUUGCUUUCUCAAAUAUAUAAUAAUUUCACAUGUGUCAAAUAUAUUGCAGUUGAUUGGUACCUGAAAGUUGCUAACCCCAGGCAAUAAUUAAAAAAAAAAAAAGAUAGGAUGUAUCAGACAUUUUAACAUUCAACAGUAGUAAAUGUAAAACACGAAAAACUUCAGGAGAAAUAUUGCUAUCAAGUACGUUAUUUAAAUGGAGAUGGGCAGGCUAUAGAUAGAAUUUCGAAUAAAGUAAACAACUUUCAUCCGUUUUCUUUUUAAUUAGUUAUUUAUAGUUGCAUGAAUCCGUUUAGGAAAUUGUAAAAGCUUAUAAUGUUUUGGGAUGUUUAAUAUUCUCUUUUAUAUAAUUAGAAUUAAUAUCAGAGCGCAAUCUAUCGGCAGGUAAUUUGUUCAAUAAUAAUUACUUUGAUUUAUAAGAUGAAAUUAUAAUUUAAGUUGAAUGAAUAAAAGUUUAUUCAAAGAACUGUUCGAUGGAACAAAUAAUUGUGCAAUGUUUUCAUUCGUCAGUCUAUUAUUCGAAUCAAAUUUUGCCCAUCUCCAAAUAUAACAAUAAUUCCAUGAAAUAGUAGAAAGAGGAAUUUAAUACUUUUUUAUUAUCGUAACACGUACUCUGUAGUAUUUAUCGAUCAACCAUAAAUGUCUUUUUUUUUUCUGAUGACAAUGAGCUGUAAGAUGUUUCAGGCUUGGUGAAAGUACUAAAAGAGACAGGAGUUUGAUAGAAACUAUGAUUAUUAGACCCUUUUACAAAGAAUCAAUUUUAGAAAAAACCUAUUCACACAAAAUCCUCUUUUAUACUUCGCGAUAUCUACAUGAACUGAAUCAUUGCAUCACAUUGCAACCUUGCAUCGAUGAAAAAUAUCUACAAUUUUCAAAUUGCGUAUGUUCGUUAAUUAUAUAAUAAUAUACAGUUUUAUGAUGACUUCACAGUAUAAACGAAACAAAAUUAAGAGCCUGAUUACUCGACAAAAGUUCGUUUUCUUUUCAUUUUAGAGGUACCAGAGUGUUCCGAAUUCUAACCUGGUCCAUGGCACGAACAUUGUUAUUUUUUAGAGAGAUCUUGAAUUGGCUCUCUGGUAACGUGUAACGACGUACAUAUACAUACAUCUGUAUAUAUAUAUGACUGACAAUUGAGAGGACGACGAAAGAAGGGUGGAAAACCAUAUUUCUUUCUUCAUUUUUGAUAAAGAUACAAAAUCAGAAGUUGCAAUUUUUCUACGUAGCGUUAAAUGUGUUCUUUUGAUUAAAGCACUUUGGCACGGACAAA